UACAAUGGUCGCACAGGCCGAGUUUUAGCCAAGCUGGCUCCCACCGUCAUGGUCACGCAGAGCAAGUUCCCGACUAUGAGCCGGGUGCUGGACUCAAGCCUGAGGCUCAAGACCUUCUCUUCCCGUAGCGAGUACAACUUGGUGCUGAGCGCGGUCCACAAACUUCAGGAGAGUGGAUUUUACUGGAGCACGGUGACGGGGAGUCAGGCCAACAUGCUCCUCAGCACCGAACCGGCGGGCACCUUCCUGAUCAGGGACAGCUCCGACAACCGCCACUUCUUCACCCUCAGCGUCAAGACCGAAUCCGGCACCAAGAACUUGCGCAUCCAGUGUGAAACAUGCGGGUUCUCCCUACAGACUGACCCACGCAGCUCGCAGCCCGUGCCAAGGUUCGACUGCGUGCUGAAACUCCUUCGGCAUUACAUGCCGGCCAAAGACUCCAACAACAGCAACAGGCGCUGCUAUUAUAUCUAUUCCGGUGGUGAGCGCGUGCCGUUGCUCCUUUCCAGGCCUCUGUCCUCCAGCGUCUCUUCCCUGCAGCACCUCUGCAGAAAAGCGGUCAACGGACAACUGGAAGGCUUCGAAGCACGAGAACAGCUACCUCUGCCCAUUAAAGACUUCCUCCAGGAAUAUGACUCUCCUGUGUAACAGCGAAGCGCCAGCGGAGGCAAAGAACAAAGCGAAACGAAGGCUCUGUGCUGAGGCAAACCGUAGAGGCACAGGCAAAAUGGCUCCGUGCAGGACCACGACAAAAUGGAGUAUGAGCGGUAUUGCGGCAGGAAGUAGUACCGGGCACGCAGACAUCUUAUCGGACUGGGUUAAAUGGUUUUUCACCAAGUGCCUACAGGUUGAGGACGAUACUCAGGCAGAUUACUUAACGACACCUACAGAUUGUGGUUACCAAGGAAGCUUUCUUUACAAAUCGCCCCCCCCCUGUUUACAUUGCAUGCAGUGUGU